AUGUCUGAGCAAUCAUCUCGAGAAACAUUUCGUGUAACUCAAGAAGAAGGAGAAAAUACAUCACAACAACAAAUAUUUUCUCAAUCACCGCAACAAUUAAGGAUACAUUUUUCAUACGACCAGAAUGUGCCAUCAAUUCCGGAAUUAUUGACACGGGAAUACGCAAUCUCAGAUUCAUCUCGACGAAUCAUUGAGAAUAUGAGUGCAGAUGAACUUCAAGAAAUGUUUAUGCCAUCAUCAGCAUCAGCUAUUCAACAACCAUAUUUACGGAUGACUCUUCGGCAUGCACUUCAACGAAUACAAGCAGCACAGCAACGAUAUUUGGAUCGAAAUCAAUUUGUCAUACAAUUACCUAUGCAAGCUAAUCAACAAUCAACCGAACUAAUUCAGCAAGCAAAUGCACAACAACAAUUGCCACAAAUGCCAUCUCAACAAUUGCAAUCAAUGUUUCAUGUGCUAACUCCUAGCAGUACUAGCAAUAGUACAAAUGCGCAAAUGUUUCGACAAUUUCCUCAAUCACAAGCAAAUUCAAAUUUAACACCACAACAAUCUCAACAACAACAACAACAACAACAAACACAUAUGCAAAGUGCUUCGCAACCAUUCCUUCAGCAAUCAAAUUCCCAAAAUAAUCAUUUAAUUACCCAAUCAUCACAACAAAUAAAUCAAUCCCUACUACAAUCACAACAAAUUUCUCAACAACAAAAUAGCACAGCAAUACAACAGCUAUUGCUACGAUUAUCACAGCAAAUACCAACAUUACCAUCACAACAGUCACUUCAGCAAACACAACCAAUGCUUGUUCAAGUCCUUCAACAAUCUUCCGCUACAUCGGAACCAUUCCGUCCGGAACAGGAGCAACAGCGACAACAGCAGCAACAACAAGAGCAUCAACACCAUCAACAACACCAACAGCAACAACAACAACAACAACAUUCAUUGCAACAAAUACCGCAACAAACAUCGAUAUUACGACCAGUUAAUCGGAUACCAGUACAACAAAUGCAAUCAACUGAACAAUCACUACCACUGCCACAACAAUCAAAUCAGUCGAGAAGUUCAUUUGAUACCGGAUUAUCACAGGAAACACGACAAAUGAUGCAACAAAUGCAAUCAAAUCAAUCAUCUCUCUCAUCUCAACAAACAAUUCUACAACUCAUUCAACAAAUGUUUCCGCAAAUAUCGUUGCAACCAAUACUGGAAUCAAGGAGAACAAAUUUUGACAAUAAUUUGCUAUUCAAUCAACGUACACAACAACAAUCAAACGAACAACAGCAAAUCAUUCAACAAUCACCCACACAACCAACAGUUCAACGACCAUUAUUUGCACAAUUUAUUCCAUGUGCAUCAAUAGGUGUACCCUUAGGAAUUUUACAGGUAUCACAGUCAGAUAUGCAAACAUGUCAACAAUCAUCAAGAGUGAUUAAUGAUACAUUUGAAAUACCCCAACUAUCACUCUUUGAUUUAUCACCGCAGCACUUUAUGCAUGUCAUUCAACAAUGCCCAUAUAAUCGAUCAUCAGAUCAACAAAGAUCAGUCAUAACAACUCAACAAUCAUCGUUGCAGCCAUGUCAAGAAUUAUCACCGGGAGCUACUGUAUCAUCAAAUCAAAUUAGCACUUCAUCAGUACUAAAUGAUACAAUUACUACAUCACUUACUAAUGCUAAUGAAUCAGAGGAGACAUUUACGGGAGAGAGUUAUGAUGAUGAUGGUGAUAAUGAUGAUAAUGAUGGUGAUGAUGAUAAUGAAGAUAAUGAUGGUGAUGAAUCUGAUAAUGACGAAGAAAGUGAUAAUUUCAUUUCAGGUGCAGAAACUAGCACAUCAUCGACAACAGCAGAAACACCAAUAAUAGAACAUAUGAAUGGAACAACAUCACAACAAAGAGCAACACUACCUGAGGAUCCAGAAACUAGCACUCCAACAAGACUGGAAAAUCCAAGAGAAUUACAAGAAACGGAAGCUGAUAAUGAUUCACCAGUUGAUAUGACUGGAAUUAUGAGACAUUUGGGUUCACAUCAUACUUCUGGUCCAAAUAAUAAUACUUCAACACCAAUUAAUAACGAUCAUUUAUCAUCUUCAAUAUUUGCACCUGUCCAUGCACCAACAACAUCCCUAAAUAAUCAACAAAGCGAAUCGGAUAAUUCGGAAAUCAGUAAUACUACACGAAGUAGUACUAUACGAUUAUUACUAAGUCGUUUUUUAAAUCUCAAUGAGAUUAAUUUUACUUCCAACAAUAGCAGAAAUGAUGAUGUGACAAUGCAAUCUAGAAAUGAUUUUUAUCAGAUGUUUGAUGGAGAUCAAUUAACAUUACAAGAGACAACGGAACGUUUAGUUGCACUGAUGGCAAGAGUUGAAAGUUUAUUAAAUCUAAUAAAUACUUUUGAAAUGACUAAUUCAUCAAAUCUAUUAUAA